AUGGAUCCCAAUGUGUUAUGUGGGACGAGCACCGGCACGUUCAUCGGCAGCUGUUUCGAUGAGGCUCCCAGUGCUCAGGCCGAGGACUACUCCAAAGUGGUCGGCUAUAAGCAACACUUCGCCGGUCGCAUCGCACAGACAUUCAACUUCACGGGACCGUCGAUGGUGUUGGACACGGCCUGCGCCUCCAGUUUCUGCGCCCUUCACGAGGCUAUGGGCGCUCUGAGGAGUGGACAGUGCGAUACGGCUAUAGUGGUGGGCGUUAAUAUGUCCCUACGAGCGACCACACAAUUGCAGUUUUAUAAGUUAAAUAUGAUAUCACCGGACGGCCACUGCAAAUGUCUGGACAGCGACGCCAACGGCUACGCGAAGGGCGAGGCCUGUGUGGCACUGGUAUUACAGCGCAAGGGUGUAGCCAAACGUAUUUACGCUACGGUUAUGCACACCAAGACUAAUACGGAUGGCUUUAAAGAGUUGGGAAUCACAUACCCGUCCACUACAUCACAGGCCACUCUAAUGAGAGAAACGUACAGCGAGGCGGGUGUUAAUCCGUUGGACGUGAAGUACGUGGAGGCGCACUGCACCGGCACUCAGGCGGGCGAUCCCGUCGAGAUGGCAGCGAUAGAGGCGGCCAUGUGCACAGGCAGAACCGAGCCGUUACUUAUCGGCGCUCUGAAGUCAAGCAUUGGUCACACGGAGGGGUCGUCCGGUCUGUGCUCUCUAACGAAAGUCAUCUUUUCAUUUGAGAAGCAAUGCAUUCCCGCCAAUCUUCACAUGACUACUCCCAACCCCAGCAUCCCAGGCCUGGUCUCCGGUAUAUUAAAGCCGAUCACAGAGAACACGGCGUUUGACAGUCCAUUAGCCGGACUCAACUGUUUUGGGUUCGGAGGGGUCAACGUUCACGUCAUUGUACGCGCGGAUAGUAAACAACCGGCCGAUGAGAACCGGGAUAUUAUUGUGGGUGAAGUGCCCAGACUUGUGAUGAUGUGCGGCCGCACUGAACAGACACUCCAGAGUGCACUGACGCACAUCGUUAACAACAAGACAAUGCUUGGCCGCGACUUUUUGGCCCUAAUUAAUGAUAUUUCAAAGACCAGUGCCUAUCGCACCGACACCACAGGGUUUGCGGGCAUGAAAUACAGAGGUUUCACACUUUUGACUAAAAAUCAUAACAGUAUAGAAAGCAAAUGCAUUCAUGUGAAUAAAGUUAAUAAAUGUCGACCGCAACUAUGGUUUGUGUUUUCUGGUAUGGGUAGUCAGUGGCCGGCAAUGGCCAGGGAUUUAAUGCACAUUGAGAUGUGCGCCCAUUCAUUGAAAUUAUCGGCUAAUAUACUGAACGAAUACGGAAUCGAUUUAAUGAGUAUUUUGUUGGAUAAAAAUGAAGAUCUAAUCCAAUGUCCACUUAAUUCAUUCAUAGCGUUAACUGCCAUUCAAAUAGCAUUAGUCGAUGUACUCGAGGCACUCAACAUCAAACCCGACGGAAUAGUAGGUCAUUCCAUAGGGGAACUGGUGUGCGCUUAUGCCGACCACUGUAUCACCGCUGAAGAGUGCAUUAGAAUAGCCUAUUGGAGGGGAAAGUAUGUUAAAGAUGAUCCGAGGUGUAGGGGUUCAAUGGCUGCCGUCGGACUCACUCUACCUGAAGUCAAGCGCCGAAUGUCUGAUCAGGUAUCCAUAGGGUGUCAUAACUCUGAAGAUUCGGUAACCAUCUCUGGCGCCGACACUUUGGUCGAGAAGUUUGUACAGCAAUUGAAUUACGAGGACGUGUUGGCCCGUCCGGUCAACAGCUCCGGCAUUGCAUUUCACAGUCCGUUGAUGUGGUCUAUAAGGGAACCAUUAAUUGAAAAAUUAAAGGAAAUAUUGCCCACAAAUAGGCCGAAGAGCCAAAGAUGGGUCAGCACUACAUACGAGCAAAACAAUCCAGAAUCUGGGUCUAUAUGUGCUGAAUAUUUUGCUGAUAACCUCAUACUACCGGUGCUGUUUGCCGACGCACUCAAACACAUACCAUGUGAUGCGGUAGUGGUGGAGGUGUCGGCGCAUCACUUACUGCAACCAAUACUCAAGAAAAGUCUGGGCAUUCAAAUGACAUAUAUUCCUCUCAUGAGAAAAAAUGCUAAUAAUUUGGACGUUUUAUUGCAAAGUAUUGGCAAACUUUAUGCGACAGGUGCUGCAAAUCCAUGUAUUGAGCGCUUAUAUCCCCGGGUUGAGUAUCCGGUGUCGAGGGGAACUCCACCCAUUUCACCGCUCAUUAAAUGGAAACACAAUCAUUCCUAUACUGUCCAUCAGUAUCCCAAUUAUUUUAAUCCAAUCGGUUUCACAGACUUUGCCGUCAAGAUUGACUUACAGGAUAAGGAGGACUCAUAUCUGUCGGAUCAUUGCAUCGAUGGUCGGGUGCUAUUCCCGGCCACCGGUUACCUAAUGCUGGUGUGGAAACAAUUUGCUAAACAGAUGAACGUUAGUUACGAUGAGUUGCCCAUUGAAUUCUCCAACGUUCACCUGCACAGGGCUACCAUACUGGCCAAAGUAGGUGUCACCAAAUUUGAUAUUCAUAUACUGGAAACAAGUGGUCAGUUUGUUAUCACUGAAUCGGGAACAGUAGCCGUAACCGGGACUAUAUCUGCGGCUCAAAAACCGUACCAAAAGUUUGAAUACAUAUUAAAAGAUGAAGAGUUGGCUAAAAGUAGUAAAUAUUUCGAUGAGGAAAGAGAUCUCAUACUUAAUACCAAAGAUGUGUACAAAGAGUUAAGACUUCGAGGUUACGAUUACGGCUCAAACUUUCAAUGUCUGUCCAAAGUGGUGUCAAAUGGCGGUCAUUGUAUGCGUGCAUCCAUUAAAUGGGCUAAUAAUUGGGUCACAUUUGCCGACUCUAUGAUACAAAUGAUUAUUUUGGGCCAAAAGUCACGCGGCCUUUACCUCCCGGUGCGUAUAGAUAGUCUGCGAUGUGAUCCCAGAGUGCUGACACUAAAUGCCAAGCAAUUAUCAACCGUUGACACAGAAUUAGUGGAUAUGCCGGUGCUUUUUGACGCCUACACCGGCAUUGGAGUAGCGCAUGGGUUGGAGUUUCGAGGUAUUAAAGCCAAUAUAGCGCCCCGACGUCUAUCAACACACUUACCUCAUAUUGAAAGCUACCGAUUCGUGCCCUACGAUGAGAUUUGCGAGCUUAGGGAUGAUGAUGACAAUCGUGAUCUCUAUAAAUAUGCUAUGGAUUGUAAUGACCUGGCAAUCAAAGUGGUAAAAAAGUUCAAUAAUCCUGAGCUCAAUGUGGAACUGGAGUUGACAUCACAGACUAACUCUCAACAGCAGAUCUCGACUAAUGAUAACAGCGUGAGUCAGUGCAGCGCCGGUAGUAAUCCAAUGGCACAGACAGUACUCAAAUUCUACCGAUUCGUGCCCUACGAUGAGAUUUGCGAGCUUAGGGAUGAUGAUGACAAUCGUGAUCUCUAUAAAUAUGCUAUGGAUUGCAAUGACCUGGCAAUCAAAGUGGCAAAAAAGUUCAAUAAUCCUGAGCUCAAUGUGGAACUGGAGUUGACAUCACAGACUGACUCUCAACAGCAGAUCUCGACUAAUGAUAUCAACGUCGAGAAAUCAAGACUACCGCCGGAUAUUAAUGGCUUGGAUUUAAUUAUAUAUGAAGACAGAGGCUAUAGUCUGAUAGCACCGGCAGAUACACCGCUCAAUCUUCAUAUAUUAUUCGAGUCCCUCUGGAAUGGUCUCAAAGACAAUGCUUUUCUAAUAAUUGUUUUCAAACAUAAACUUAGUUUUGCCGAAGAAGUGGCGCUAAAUGUUCUUAAUAUAAGUAAUGAUAACAACAAUAAUAGCAUUACUAUUGAUAAGAGUUAUACACAACUCGUGAACGAAAGAAACGCCGAUAUUAUUAGCGCAGCCGAAAAAGUCGGCUUCACUUUGAUCUCCACUAAACUCAUCGACGGUUUCAUCACAAAGUCGUCAAUGAUUUUGCGUAAACAGAGCGUCCACUCAAACAUUGAUCUCAAGAGACACACGUUUAUCACAAUAAGCGAAGACACGUGUGAUCUAUGGAUCGACACAUUGAAGCAGACAUUGCGAGACAUUCAGAGCAGACCUGACGGCGAGAAUGUAUGGCUGAUGGCCACCGACGGCCCAACCAAUGGUGUCAUAGGUUUAGUGAAUUGUCUGCGAAAAGAGCCGAACGGACACAGAAUUCGUUGUAUUUUUAAUUAUAAUUUUAAUGACAAUAACCGGUGUUUGGAGAGCAAUGCUAUCAUUAAUACAAAACUCAUGGAUAGUAUAGUUAAGAAGAAUCUCGUGAUGAAUGUGUUCACCGAUGGCUACAAAUGCGGUAAUUUUAGGCAUUUUAGUUGCGAUUCCGACCGGCGUUUAGUGCCGGCAGAGCACUGUUACCUCAAUGUGCAGACUAGAGGCGAUUUGUCCAGUUUUAGGUGGAUUGAAGCCCACCACAAGUACUGGCCAUUAGGUCGCACACACGACCAGACACUCUGCACUGUGUAUUACUCGGCACUCAAUUUCAGAGACAUUAUGUUAGCCACCGGAAAACUAUCAGCCGAUGCACUGCCCGAGGAUAUGGCACUCCAGGAGUGUAUUCUUGGUUUAGAGUUCGCCGGUAGGGAUGAGAACGGGAAUCGUGUGAUGGGUAUGAUUGGGGCCAAAGCCAUGGCCACUACACUGGUGAUGGACGACCAGGAGUUUGUAUGGCCGGUGCCUCAGCACUGGUCGAUGGAGGAGGCGUCGACAGUGCCUGUGGUCUACGCCACUGCCUAUUAUGCGCUUAUGAUAAGAGGUAAACUCAAAGCCCGCGAAUCCGUACUGAUUCACUCGGGCAGUGGUGGUGUGGGACAGGCGGCUAUUGCUAUAUGUCUGGCGCUGGACUGUCAGCUAUAUAUCACUUGUGGUUCGGCCGACAAACGACAGUUUCUUAUCGAUGAGUUCGCACCCAAAUUGUCGCCGAAGAACUUCUGCACAUCACGUGACGCCAGUUUUGAGCCAUGGAUUAUGAGAGAGACGGGCGGCCGGGGAGUGGAUAUCGUUCUCAACUCUCUGUCCGAACGAUUACUGCAGGCCAGUGUUAGGUGUUUGGCCACAAACGGCCGUUUCCUUGAGAUUGGAAAAUAUGAUUUGUCACAAAACAAUGAGUUGGGUCUGGCGAUGAUUCUGAGAAACAAGACAUUUCACGGCAUUUUGUUGGACAGUAUGUUCGCCCAUAAGUCCAAAUGUACGCCACAAUUGAAUGGACACAAAGCACUGCUCCGACGUCUCAUUGAUGAGGGCAUCAAAGAGGGAACCGUUCGGCCCCUCAAGCGUACAGUAUUCGAGUGCUCACAAGUGGAACAGGCGUUUCGAUUUAUGGCCAGCGGUCGACACAUCGGGAAAGUUGUGCUCAAAGUUAGAGACGAAGAGACAGAUCCGCAAAUUAAUCCCUUUGCAGAUCAGGUCCUAACUUAUGACUCAACGCCCAGAACUGUAUUCAAAAGUAAUAAAACUUAUAUAAUAGUCGGCGGGUUGGGUGGCUUUGGACUAGAGUUAGCCAAUUGGAUGGUAGAGAGAGGGGCCAGGAGUCUGAUUCUUACUUCAAGACAAGGUUUGCGCGACUCAUAUCAGAAAUAUCGUGUCCAGCAUUUUGAAGACAUAGGAACCACUGUUAAGAUAUCAACAAAAGAUGUUUCGGAUUUAACACAAACUCAAGAGUUGUUGCGUUUGGCCCUUAGCCGUGGUAAGGGAGGAGUGGGCGGUGUAUUCAACGUAGCGAUGGUUUUGUCGGACGCCCUCUUUGACAACCAAACAGCAGAACAGUUUCGGAAAGUGUUGGCCCCCAAAGCACAGGCCACUCGAAACCUGGAUGUCGUGUGUCGUGAGUUGUGUCCACAAAUGGAUUACUUUGUAUGCUUUUCGUCCAUAAGCUGUGGGCGCGGGAACUCCGGUCAAAGUAACUAUGGGUUCGCCAAUUCUGUAAUGGAAAGAGUCUGCGAAAGGCGUCGGGCGCAGGGAUUACACGGACUGGCCAUCCAAUGGGGUGCUAUCGGCGAUGUGGGAGUUGUGGCCGAGACUAUGGGCGGCAAUGAGACAGUAAUCGGCGGAACAUUACCCCAACGCAUGAACUCUUGUUUGUCAACACUUGACCACUGCCUUCAGGAGCAACACUCAGUCAUGUCGAGUGUAGUGAGGGCUGACCACAAGAUUGACGCCACCAAUAAAAAGGGUAAUCUUAUGAAAACGAUUGCACAUAUACUGGGCCUCAAAGACCACACGAGUUUGGAUAGGAAUACAACACUAGGAGAGCUGGGAAUGGAUUCAUUGAUGUCAGUGGAGGUGAAGCAGACACUGGAAAGGGAUUACAACUGUAUCCUCAAUAUGGAAGACAUACGACGCUUGACUGUGAGCCGGAUCGCUGCCAUUGACCAACAGAAUCAUCAAAAUGUUGACAAUAAAUGCAUUAAAUCUGAUGAAAAUCAAAGCACACCUGGCAAUGAGUUUGAGUUUACAGUUCCGGCCGACAGUAUCUCGUAUAUCAAUGAGGAAAAGGCUGGAAAACCUGUUAUUUUAUUGCCACCAUUGGAUGGUUCGUAUAGUUUGUUGAGACAAUUGGCCGAUAAUAUGAAUAGACCAGUAAUUGGUAUCAAUUGGACUCGUGAGUGUCGAGAUAUUAAGACAAUCCAAGACACGGCGCAACACUAUCUCAAUGUAAUCGACGAUAAGCUAAAGGAUUUGGACAAUAAUUAUGAUUUGAUGGGCUAUUCGUUUGGAGGAUGCGUUGCCUAUGAGAUGGCUGUGUUGCUACAGAAAAGACAACUGUCCACCACUGGCAUGAAACUUAUACUAUUAGACUCAUCGCCCGUUCAGUUCGGUAUAUACGCCACAGAAGUGAUGAAAAAAUAUCAAUUGUCUGACCAUAAGAGUCAGGAAUUGGAGACUUUGAUGGCAUUCCUCGUGCAAUACGUUUGUGUGGAUUACAAGAGUGUUAGAGAAGUGUUGGAAAACACGCCGUUAGAGGAAAGGGUGGAAAAGGUGUCGCAAAUAUUUGUUAAAUCAAUGCAGAAGACCAUUGAAGUGAAUGGUGUGACUAAAGAUAGCAUUGAAUUCAUAGCCAAGAGUUUUUCGACAAAGCUGUUGAUGUUAAACACAUAUAGUGUUCAUAAUAAUAGCUGUCAGUAUGAGAAUGGAGUGAAGUUUGCAAACGAUUUGCUACUGAUUAGAGCCGAAGAUAACAUCGUUAACAAUAAGGAUCUCAUUAAACAUGACUACGGGUUGUCUGAAAUAAUUAGCGGCAAAUGUAUUACACAUAUCAUGAAAGGCAAUCACAAGAGCUUUUUGACUGGAAAUGUGCACCAAAUUAGUGAAAUAAUCAAUAAUUAUUUGGGUGUUUAG